CAGGGGCCGCUCCGGCUGCAUUCCUCGCCUGGGCCGUUUAGGUCCUGUCUGCAGCGAGCCCCGCAGCACCCCCUGUCUGUGCCAGCACCUGUUGGACCGCCAGUUGGCGGCCCGAGUCGGCGCGAGCGGACGCGGCCCGGGGCUGCCCCUCCCGGAGGCGCCGACCCUCGCCCGCCCCUGCGGCCGCCCGCGGGAGAGCGGCUCAGCCUCCCCCGCUCGCCAGGCGCGCGCUCCGCCCGGGCUCUGCCCACGGCCCCCUCCUCCCGACUGCCGCCGGCUGGGGGAAGGUAGAGAAGGGGAGGGGACAAGCCGGAGCCUUGGGCCGCCGGCCUUCUCUCUCUCUCCCCGGUGCCGAGACGCCGCGCGGAGCCCCGAGGUUUGCGCGGAGCCCGAGGCGUGGGGGGAGGGGACCGGGUACGACUGGAGCCCCGCGGUGACCCCGAGCUGCCGAAUUUCCCUUGGCUUCGAGGAGCGGGGGACGCACCCAAACAAGGUGAACUUUGGUCGCGGAAAACUCCAGCCAGGUGCCGGGAUCCGUGCUGCUGCGGCGGUCGGGACCGGGCGCAGGCUGCGCGCCGGGCUGGGGAGCGGGAGCCCAGCGGCCUCCCUCCGCCGGCGCCCGGGGCGGCCUCGGCCCGGAGCCCCCCGGCCUCGCUCCGGCUCCGCGGCCCCGGGGACCCGCCGCGGCGCCCUAGCCUUGUUUCUUCCCCCUCCCCCUUCGGGGGUGGGGGUGGGGCGGGGGAGAGGGGCGCCCGGAGAGCGCAUCUAUUGGCAGCUUUGUUAUUGAUCAGAAACUGCUCGCCGCCGACUUGGCUUCGGGCUGGCUUCGCUCGACCCUUGAGUUUUCGCCUCUGUCCUGUCCCCCGAACUGACAGGUGCUCCCAGCAACUUGCUGGUGACUUCUCGCCGCUCCCCCGGCUCCCCCGCGUCCCCACCCCCUCUUUCCUCCCUCGCCUUCACCCCCACCCCCACCACUUCGGCACAGCUCAGGAUUUGUUUAAACCUUGGGAAACUGGUUCAGGUCCAGGUUUUGCUUUGAUCCUUUUCAAAAACUGGAGACACAGAAGAGGACUCUAGGAAAAAGUUUUGGAUGGGAUUAUGUGGAAACUACCCUGCGAUUCCUUGCUGCCAGAGCAGGCUCGGCGCUUCCACCCCAGUGCAGCCUUCCCCUGGCGGUGGUGAAAGAGACUCAGGAGUAGCUGCUUCCAAAGUGCCCGCCGUGAGUGAGUUCUCGCCCCAGUCAGCCAAAUGCUCCUCUUCGGGCUUCUCCUGCUGACAUCUGCCCUGGCCGGCCAGAGACACGGGACUCAGGCUGAGUCCAACCUGAGUAGUAAAUUCCAGUACUCCAGCAACAAGGAACAGAACGGAGUACAAGAUCCCCAGCAUGAGAGAAUUAUUACUGUGUCUACUAAUGGAAGUAUUCACAGCCCGAGGUUUCCUCAUACUUAUCCAAGAAAUAUGGUCUUGGUAUGGAGAUUAGUAGCAGUAGAAGAAAAUGUUUGGAUACAGCUUACAUUUGAUGAGAGAUUUGGGCUUGAAGACCCAGAAGAUGACAUAUGCAAGUAUGAUUUUGUAGAGGUUGAAGAACCCAGUGAUGGAACUAUUUUAGGACGCUGGUGUGGUUCUGGUACAGUGCCAGGAAAACAGAUUUCUAAAGGAAAUCAAAUCAGGAUAAGAUUUGUAUCUGAUGAAUAUUUUCCUUCUGAACCGGGGUUCUGCAUCCACUACAACAUUGUCAUGCCACAAUUCACAGAGGCCGUGAGCCCUUCAGUGUUACCCCCUUCAGCUUUGCCUCUGGAUCUGCUUAAUAACGCUGUCACCGCCUUUAGUACCUUGGAAGAUCUUAUUCGGUAUCUUGAACCAGAUAGAUGGCAAUUGGACUUGGAAGAUCUGUACAGGCCAACUUGGCAACUUCUUGGCAAAGCUUUUGUUUUUGGAAGAAAAUCCAGAGUGGUGGAUCUGAACCUUCUAAAAGAGGAGGUAAGACUAUACAGCUGCACACCUCGUAACUUCUCGGUGUCCAUAAGGGAAGAACUAAAGAGAACCGAUACCAUUUUCUGGCCAGGUUGUCUCCUGGUUAAACGCUGUGGUGGAAACUGUGCCUGCUGUCUCCACAACUGCAAUGAGUGUCAGUGCGUCCCGAGUAAAGUCACUAAAAAAUACCAUGAGGUCCUUCAGUUGAGACCAAAGAGUGGUGUCAGGGGAUUGCAUAAAUCUCUCACGGACGUGGCCCUGGAGCACCACGAGGAGUGUGACUGUGUGUGCAGAGGGCACACAGGAGGAUAACCGCAUCAGCACGCACAGCCUCUCCCAGAGCAGUACAGCUCAGUGGCUGAUCUGUUAGAGAACUUGCGCAUUAUCUCCAUCCGUAAUCUCAGUUGUUUGCUUCAGGGACCUUUCAUCUUCAGGAUUUACAGUCUAUUCUAAAAGAGGAGACACCACACGGAAUUAGAAGUUGUGCAACGGCUCUUUUGAGAGGAGAGGCCCGAAUAACAGGAGAAAAGGUCUUUGGUCCUGGAAAAAAAAUGAAUGUUGUGCAUCACUAGCUAGUGACAGAGUUGCCUUGUGCUUACUCAGCUAGCUGUGUUCCGUAUUUCAGCUGUCUCCAUGCGGCUUAGGCUAAUGUCAGUACGGGGAAAAAACUGUGCGAUGAGCACCUGAUUCUGUUGCCUUGCUUAACUCUAAAGCUCCAUGUUCUGGGCCUAAAAUCACAGAAAUCUGGAAUUGUUUUCUUACAUUCACAUAUGUAAACCAGAGUGUUCUAUGUCCUACAACCUUGGUUUUUAAAAAGGAAGGGUGUUACGAUAAAUCAAACUUGUGUCAUGCUGACAGGAAAGACUGGAUUUUCCAUAUUUCUUACUAAAAAUUCCACCAUUUAGAAGAGAACUCUGGAAGAGACAAACCUGAAGAGUGGCCUUAUCUUCACUUUAUCUACAAGUCGGUUUAUUUGUUUUAUCGUGUACAUUUUUAUAUUCUCCUUUUGACACUAUAACUGUUUGCUUUUCUAAUCUUGUUAAAUAUAUCUAUUUUUACCAAAGGUAUUUAAUAUUCUUUUUUAUGACAACCUAGAUCAACUAUUUUUUAGCUUGGUAAAAUUUUUCUAAACAGAAUUGUUAUAGCCAGAGGAACAAAGAUGGUAUAAAAUAUUGUUGCUCUGACAGAAAUACAUGUAUCUCAUGGUCAUACGGUGCUAGAGCUUAGAUUGAUCUGCGUUUUAAAAUAUUGAAGUGAGAAAUCAAUAGGAUUUGAUAAGUUGCAAAGACUUUUGGAAAAUAAAUUAUCAUAUCUUCUACCCCUAUUAUUGGAAAUGCAAAUAAAAAGCAACCUAUGAAAGUUAGGCAUUCAGAUUCAGAAUCAACUACUAACCCCUAACCCUUCUUUUGGUUAAUGUGAGCCUAGCUCAGAAGAAUAUAAAGCACCUUGAAGAAAGACUGGACAGCUUACUGACAAAGCGCACUCUGCUAUCCUGUAGGAACACAUCCUAUUUAUUGUGAUGUUCUGGUUUUAUUAUCUUUAAACUCUGUUCCAUACCCUUGUAUAAAUACAUGGAUAUUUUUAUGUACAGAAGUAUAUCCCGUAACCGAUUCACUUAUUGUACUCUUUGGCAAUUGAAAUGAAAAUCAGUAAAUUACUUUGCUUGUACAAUGCUUAAUAUUGUGCCUAGGUUAUGUGGUGACUAUUUGAAUUAAAAACGUAUUGGAUCACCAAAUUAAAAAAAAUGUGGCUAUUUUGGAGAUAAACGGGGUGUGUGUGUGUGUGUGUGUGUGUGUGUGCGCGCGCGCACGCAAGAUUUGUCUCGAGGCCAGGAGAGUGAAGAUCAAGUUUUGUGUUACCGUGGUUUCCGUUAUGCAAAAGCCUGUGUCAAUUCAAAAAAGACAGGUAGAAAAGUGUUGAGGAUUCCCUGUCUCUUGUCGCCAAUAUUUUGGAGCUCAUUUCUUUUUCUCCCUGGUCUUGAUACUGAUUUCUGGUAUAUUAAAUUGCACCUGACUUGAAA